AUGGCCGACACACAAACACUCGUCAACGGAGUGGAAUCUUUAUCCGUCACUAACGAAACCAAUAAUGAACAAAAUGAAAAUCAAAACGCGGAUGAAUAUACUGCCAAGUGGGGAUUUCCUUUAGAAGAACUUUACAAGAUCGCCCUGAAGUUUUAUAAAGAGAAAGAAGGGAAGGCAUUACAGUUAACCUAUAAAGAUAAAUUGAAACUAGUGGCCUAUACUAAACAGGUUGUGUUUGGUAAAUUUCGUAAUGAUGCUUCACCUGAAGUUGGAUUUUUAGAUGUUGUUGGUAAUGAUAGAAAACAAGCAUGGCAGUCAUUAGGAGAUAUGUCCAGGGAGUGUGCAAUGGAAGAAUUCAUCAAAUUUUUAAAUUCAUCUUGUAAUUUAUUUCAACCGUAUGUUGAAGCUAAAAAAGCUGAGAAAGAAGAACAAAUCAGACAACAAAAAGAAGAAGAAGAAAGAAUAAAGAGAGAAGAGGUAGAAAGAAAACAACGUGAACUUGAAGAAGAGGUUUUAAAACAACAAGAAUUAGAUAAACAAAGACAAGUUGAACAACAAAUGCAGAUACGACAAGCUUUAAAUCAGCAGACACAAGUUCAAUUUCGACAGUAUGCUGAACAACAAUAUCCUGGUAAUGUACAAAUGCAAGAUGAAUUAAUUCGACAGUUACAAGAACAACAUUUUCAGCAGUACAUGCAACAAGUGUAUCAACAACAGCUUCUUCAACAGCAACAACAACAACAAGCGUUGCAGUCAACAACCAUCCAAACUACAGCCACAGAAAAUCCAACACCAAACCACGGGGUAACACACCAGAAUAAUAUCAAUACCCAUUUACCACGAGGUCGUACUCCUGAAGAUGGUGAAGGUUUGUAUCAUUCACUUGUCCUAUCUAUUGAGAAUGACUUACCUCCCCUUGCCGCAGCCUCAAUGUGGACUCGGAAAGAAAUCAAGGAAUUAAAAGAAUCGUUAAAGAAUGAUAAAGAUUCGAUAAUUAAAGUUGGUUCAGGUGAAACUGUCACAGUUCGAGUACCCACCCAUGAAGAUGGUAGUUGUUUAUUCUGGGAGUUUGCUACAGACCACUAUGAUAUAGGAUUUGGUUUAUAUUUUGAAUGGACAGAAUCUGCUAAUAAUAAUGUUAGUAUACAUGUUAGUGAGUCCAGUGAUGAAGAAGAUUUAGAUGAGGAGGGUGUCCCUGUUGAAGGUCAUGGUAAAAAACGAGAUGAUAGACCACCAACAGAUGAAAUUAUACCAGUAUAUAGACGAGAUUGUCAUGAAGAGGUUUAUUGUGGUAGUCACACUUAUCCAGGCCGUGGAGUGUAUUUGUUAAAGUUUGAUAAUUCCUAUUCCUUAUGGAGAUCUAAGACUCUUUACUAUCGUGUUUAUUACUCGAAAUAG